GCCGCUGCGGGGAUGGGAUCGUCCGAGCCGGAGCCUGGUGUGUUUUUGUCUGCCCGGUGGCGGCGGAGCCUCCAAGCGCGAACGGGAUUUUUUCUGCAAUGACCAUUUCAGAUGACAUCUUCUCUUUCACGGCACCCAUGCCUCGAAACACCUCCAAGGUGUUCUGAUUACAGCUGGACUCCGAAUGAAUCGACCUGAACCAUUUUAAGUCUUGCCAUGGCAGAGGGGAAUCGGAGGUACCAGGCUCGAUGGUACCAAACAGUCCAGAAGAGGUUGCCGGUGCUACGAUGGCUUCCCAAAUAUUCUCUGCAGUGGCUGCAGCUCGAUAUAAUUGCUGGACUCACGGUGGGACUGACUGUCGUGCCGCAGGCUCUGGCCUAUGCCGAGGUAGCUGGCCUUCCAAUGCAGUAUGGCCUCUAUUCCUCCUUCAUGGGCUGCUUCGUCUAUUGUCUGUUGGGGACCGCAAAGGACGUGACACUGGGCCCUACAGCGAUCUUGUCUCUACUGGUCUCUUCCUAUGCAUUUCAUGACCCUGUUUAUGCCAUCCUGCUUACGUUCCUGUCUGGCUGCAUCCAGUUAGUUAUGGGGCUCCUACAUCUCGGUUUCCUCCUAGACUUCAUCUCCUAUCCUGUUAUCAGAGGGUUUACUUCUGCUGCUGCAGUCACCAUUGGCUUCAACCAAGUCAAGGCACUCCUGGGCCUGCAGAAUAUCCCACGGCAGUUUUUCCUGCAGGUGUAUUACACCUUCUCCAGAAUUGGAGAGACAAGAACAGGGGAUGCUGUUCUUGGGCUGAUCUGCCUGAUCGUGCUUACAGGACUUCAACAAAUGAAAAACCGCAUUCCCACGGUGUACUGUAUGGAGAGGUUCUCUGUCAAGAUCAGCAAGCUUAUUGUCUGGGCAACAGCAACAGCCCGUAAUGCUCUGGUGGUCCUGUUUGCUGGUUUGGUGGCAUACUCCUUCCAAGUGACAGGCUCUCAGCCUUUCACCCUCACAGGGACAAUGCCCCAGGGACUCCCCCCCUUCCAGCCACCACCAUUUUCCAAGGUGACACCCAACAAGACAGUCCACUUUGGAGAGAUGGUGCAGGCAAUGGGAGCUGGCUUGGCUGUGGUACCACUCAUGGGGCUACUGGAGACAGUUGCUAUCGCCAAGGCAUUUGCUUCUCAGAAUAACUACCAAAUUGACCCCAAUCAGGAGCUAUUAGCCAUGGGUUUCACCAAUCUGUGUGGAUCCUUUGUCUCAUCCUAUCCCGUCACAGGUAGCUUUGGCCGGACAGCAGUGAAUGCCCAGACAGGAGUAUGCAGUCCUGCGGGGGGAAUAAUCACAGGGUCUCUGGUGCUGCUGUCUCUGGCUUACCUUACUUCUCUCUUCUACUACAUCCCAAAGUCUGCUCUGGCGGCUGUCAUUAUCUGUGCCGUGGCUCCUAUGUUUGACGCCAGGAUCUUCCACACAUUAUGGCAGGUUAAAAGGCUGGACCUGGUGCCAUUGUGUGUGACGUUCUUGCUCUGCUUCUGGGAGGUGCAGUAUGGCAUUGUGGCAGGUGUGCUGGCCUCGGGCAUUCUUCUGCUCUACCCCAUUGCCAGGCCACCGAUAAAGGUCUCCAAGCAUGAGACAAUAAUCCUACAGCCAGCCAGCGGCCUUUAUUUCCCAGCCAUUGAGUUCCUCCGUGACACUGUGAACAAACAAGCUCUGUCAGCACCUUCACUGCGCACUGUCAUCCUGGACUGUACCCAUGUCAACAGCAUUGACUAUACGGUGGUGAUUGGCCUGACAGAGCUACUUCGGGAAUUCCGGAGCAGGAGAAUCUCUUUGAUCUUCAUUAGCAUGCAGGCUCACGUUCUCCAAAUCUUGCAGGCUGCUGAUCUGGAAGGAUUCUAUAAUUUUAAAAGCCUGGAGGAUGCAGAGAAGAGCUGUGAAGAGGAACUGUGCAGAAUCAAUGAAGUUUUGUUGGAUGGCAGCGACAGCAUACUGCCAACCUCUGGGAUUAUCCAGUGAGGACCCAGAACUGUUAACACCUAUGUACAAAUUCCCAAACGGAGCAUGGAGAUGGGUUUUAUGUACCCUGUUGAUCCGUACUGUUAAAAUGUGCACUUUAAGGCAUCAUGCUGAAAUUCAGCAGUAGUAUACCAGCUUGGAUGGUUAACUGUGAAGGAUGAAGAUCUCUUCAAGAAAUGAAGAUGCAGUUUGUUCAAAAGUCACCUAAUGGUUCCGGAUGCAAGGGAACCCGACGUGCCACCGUUCUGGGAUAGCAGUGCCUCCGGUUGGAAGCCUUAUGGUGUCCCCUUGGUGCCUAUAAUUUAUUUCUAAAAUCCAUUGCACUCCAGUAAUUAUUAUUAAGGGAACACUAAUCCAGAAAGGGAAUUAAGAGAAUAAAUUUACUCUUUUUGAAAUAAAUGAUGGAAAUAAUGUAGGAUGAAUAAGAGUAAUGCCAGUUGGCUAGCUUCAGUAUUUUGCUUUGGAAACAUUUUGUUGUAUACUGAUGUUGUAUAUUUUGUUUGGAGGUCAGCCAAAACCAAAGUCAUGUUUCCGUGUCCCAAGUCAAUAGAGCUGCCUCUUUCCAGAUAUCACUUCUAAGCUACUCCCCAGUUGUUCACACACUUCUGCAGUUGUUGCACACCGUUGAUACCUGUCUAGAUGGACCAAAGCAGGGCUUUUUUUCAGGGGGAAUGUGGUGGAACGGAGUUCCAGCACCUCUUGAAAAUAAUAUUUCAGAGAAACCCAAGUGUUUCUUCAUUUUCCUCUUGAGAGUUCCGGCACCUCUUUUCCCAGAAAAAAAAACUCUGGACCAAAGUAUCUCUUGCUCUAUUGGGCAUGAUUAGAAUUUGACUGGGAGUAUAGAAGUAUAUUUGUAUAGAAGUAUACAGGGCUUUUUUUCUGGGAAAAGAGGUUGUGGA